UAUGUAAAUUAUAAUAAUUUUUAAUGUAUAUAGUUAAGUAUUUUAAGUAAUCUUCUCUUACCUUAGAUAAAUUGCAUGGAAUAUAUAGAAGUUUAUAAUGGAGAAGUUGAGAAAUACUUUUCGUGUCACCAUCGGCAGGUCAUCGGUUGGACGCGCACCGAGACGUCCUGUCAAUUUUGUGUAAUCAGAAAACAGCUGAUCAAAGUUAUUCGAAUGUGAAUAAUGAAAACUUAGAGAAUUACGAAUUUCGUGGAAUUUCGAAAAUUGAAUGAAGAAUUUCUCUUGUAAUAAAUAUUUUUUUUGCUCAUCUUCUAAUACAUCUUUAAAGAAUUCCACGCAGAUACAAAUCGAUGUUUGCACUGCAAAGAGCGUCGUAAGGAGGGGCUACGUUAAAUGUCUACAUUAAUUAUCAGUACAAAUCAUAUAAUUUUUAUAAAUACAAAAUGUUAACAUUAGAAGAUCCAGAAUGUAAAGAUUUUUCAAAAAAUCCAAUAGAAGAUGAAGAAACUAAUGAAACAAGAAAUGGUGAAAGUUAUGAAAGAGAUAGUUAUUUAGUAAAUGGAGAAAUAUUAAGAACAGCACUUCUCUCUGCAGAUGAUGAUGAUAUUGAAUCUCAGGAAGAUGAUGUAUCCUCUGAACUUUUGUCAAUUGAAAAUGAUUCUGAAGUUACUAGUGAAAGUACUAUUAGUGAUUGGGAUGAUUUAAGAGCUGACUCACCUUUAUCAUAUGUUACUUCUGUACCUAAUAAUAAAGAGUUUAUAAUAAUAACACAAUUAGAAUCAGAUAAUGCAUUAAUGACAAAAAAAUUAAAUAAUGAAUGCUCUUUAGAUAACAAGAAAUCUAAAGUCCGACAUUGUUCAAAACGACGUAAUAAAAUGCUAUUAUUAAGAAAACUUAUACCCAAACAUGAACCAAUAGUUGAAAUAAAAGAGGAAGAACAUUCAAUCAUUUCUACUGAUAUAGAUGAACGUGUGCCAACCAUGGAAGAAAUAGAUUAUGAAGAGUCUUCUAUGGAUCAAAAUAUUUUAGAUUCCAAAGAUCAUACUGAUUGGCUACAAACUUUAAGACCUUUGCCAUUAUAUUAUACAGAAAGAGGUAAACCUUAUCUGAAAUGUCCAGCAUGUGGUGCACUGUUUUUUACUCCAAAUUCAUUCCAAAAACAUUUAUAUUCUCAUAUGUAUAAGGAAGAUGAUACUUUUAUAUGUUCCUUUUGUAAUUAUACAAAUACUGAGCCUGGUAUGUUAUUCACUCAUUUAUCUAAACAUCAAGACCAAUGUGAAUUUUGUAAUGAAAAUUUAAUGCGUAAGAAUAAUUUUGAAAAACAUUGGGAUAUCAGAACAUCAAACUUUACUAUGAAAAGAGAUCGUCGCGGAAGAUUCGUAUGUACCCUCUGCAAACUAGUAUUUGAUUUAUUACCACAAUUAGAAAAACAUUGGUUUAAACAUGCAUGUAGAAGGGAAAGAAAUUACCAGUGUAAAGAAUGUAGUGGAUUAUAUGAAAGCAUAGAAACAUUAAAUAAUCAUAAAUGCAUGAAGUGUCCUGUUUGUGGUAAAAUUUAUGAUAGUUUACAUCGAUUAAAAGCACAUACUAUAUGGACAAAGCAUAAUUUAAAGUGUCCAAUUUGUUCUUACGAAUUUAUUCUUGCUAUGGACCAUGAAAAACAUUUAGCAUUACAUAGACAAACGUAUAGUUCUAUGAAAGAUUAUGAAUAUUGUUUACAGGCAGCAGAUGGCAAGACAUUCCAGUGCAAUCUUUGUGACAAAUUAUUUUAUGCCUUACCUUCUUUAGUUUUACAUCUUCAGGAAGAUCAUAAUAUUGAAAAUGUUAAAAAAGAAAUAUUAAAGGAUUGUAAUGGGGAACAAAAGGAAGAGUCUAUCAGUGAUAUAAUACUCAGUGAAUUAAAAAAUAAAUCUGCAGAUUAUACUAAUGGAAACAAUAAUGUAACCUUAGCAAACAAUAAAAUUAAAUUGCAAAACGCGCUAUGAAUAUAAGGUAACAUU